GGUAGGGGAGACCUCGCAUUAUACCCAGAGAAUCCUUUCAGAAUUUCAGUCAGGUGUAACAUUUCGAAUAUGAGAGUGCCAUACGACUCAUCGGAAUCUGCAGCCAUACGUGGAUCGUUCUCGUGAUUCAGACUUGAUAUAGUGUCCUGCUGGUACCAUACGGCCUGUGGACAUGUUCCUGAUGGACUUAUGAGAAAACUUUGAAUUGAGUGUAGGGAUUUCGUGUGCCUUCGUUGUAAGUGCCUUGUUAACGUAGAGUAGUUUUUAUGAGUUGUGCUGUUUGGGAGAAACAUCAGCUGAUCUAGGAGUAAAGAAUGCCCCGAUUAAUGAUGCUACCGCAGUUCAAUGGUGUACAAGUAUCUAGUCCGCCCAGAUCUCCAGGGAGUCCAUCCAGUAGUCCACUCCCUGACAUAUCAUCUCGGAGUGUCAGCCCAUCAUCACCACUGUCCAUGUCCAGACAGAGCGCUUUUCAACUCGUCUGUCGAAAGGACUUACAACAGAAGAACUAUCUUUCAUUAAGAGGCGUCGGUGCUUUGAUGUACGCCAAUUCAAUGGGUCCCUUGGUGUCUUCUGGAUACCACCCAUAUUUUUGGCAUCCUAUACCAGGCCUUUUCAUGCCGUAUUCACCGUCAAAUAGAUCGGAAACAUUGAGCCCCGACAAAACCACCACAAUUGACGCUAGAUCUACUCCAGAAAAAGCCAGAAUGGAUGACGACCUGCCACUCAACCUCUCGAUGAAGAAAAAUUCUAGGACCCAAAACAUCUGGUCACCAGGCAGUCUCUGCGAAGAAGAAAUGAAAAGUGCUUCGAAAAACCAACCUUCACCUAUGAGUACCACCGUCAUCACCCCAGAUAGGACCCCUGAAGGCAAAUGGAACUGGGAUUACAUGGAACGAGACAACCCAAAAGUUACAAGCAUCGGUCCUACAGGAGAGAAACAGUUCACGUGUCAGCAGUGUGGAAAAUCCUUCAAGAGAUCGUCCACCCUGUCCACACAUCUCCUAAUACAUUCAGAUACACGACCAUAUCCUUGCCAGUACUGUGGAAAGAGAUUUCACCAAAAAUCGGACAUGAAAAAGCACACCUAUAUUCACACUGGAGAGAAACCCCAUAAGUGCGUGGUGUGUUCUAAGGCUUUCAGCCAAUCAUCGAAUCUAAUCACACACAUGCGCAAGCAUACGGGAUACAAGCCUUUCUCCUGUGGGUUGUGCGAUAAGGCCUUCCAGAGAAAAGUUGAUCUUCGAAGACACAGGGAGUCCCAGCAUCCUGCAGUUCCUGAAACUCUGUUGGAUAGUGUGUAUAGACAGAAGGUUAUCAAACAGGAGAUUUCUAGUAAUAGUUAGAGCAUGUAGACGUUCUGAAGGUGAAUCUUGUAAAUAUUGUUGAAUAUUGGGAGAGUUGCUGAACAGGAAGUCCAUUCAUAGAGUUGGGCACAAAUGGCUCAGUGGUGAUACUGAUAAUUCUGAUUUCGAUCAGAAACGAGGUGGUAUUUUUUAUGAAAAACUGAUGCUUGAAAUUUCAAUUUGGCGAAUGGUUUUGAAGUUAUUCAACAGAGAACCCGAAUAGGAAAGCUACACUGCGAAGAUUAAUGAAUAAUUAUACCUCUGAUGGUGGUCAGUGAUCAACCAUCAUUUCUCUGGAACAGGACGAAAUAUUUUGAUGAAAUUCAGAAAACUUUGAAAUAUCUAAGACCACAUUUUAUCCAAAUGUUUCUAAUUUAAUUGAAACAAUAUAUGAAAGCAAGAAAAAUUGAAAAAUUGCAUUUCCGAGUACACCCUUAAAAGUUUGUAAAUAAAACGGUUUCGAAUGUAAAUUUUUGUAUAGUUCCUUCUUUCAGAUUCUUCGAAAUGUAUAUAGAAUCAUUUGACUUGUUAUAUCUUUUAAUAUCCUGAAUUAGGCAUCCACAUUUUCAUUUGGAUUUUCCAAUAGUAAACACUUGAAAAUUUUCUUCAAAUUCUAGUUCAGUUCACCGUAGAAUAUAUGAAACCUCCAGUGGAAACAGAUUCAGAUGGAUUGUUAUUUUGUGUAAAAUACCGCAUGCAGUGCCUGAAUUCAUCUGAGAGAAUGACAAUCUGUGAAUUUUUUAAAUCCGUCCAUCACUUAUCAGGAUGAAUAUUUAUUUUUGUUAGAAAAUAAUCAUGGGACAAGAUACCAGUCUAGUCUAAGUUUCAACAGUCCUGUUACCAUUCCUGCAAAAGUGCAAAUAAGUCCAAAUUAUUGUUAGAAAAUUAAUUCUGAUGAAAAAUGUGUGAAUUACUGUGAUUAUUCGUGAGAAUUUAGCGAUUUGAUAGGUUAUUUUUAUAUGGCGCACUUAUAUCAUUCGAUUUGCACUUUUUUAGUUUUACUAAUGACUUAGGCUCUGCUGAAACCAUUAGUAAAACUUCAUACAGCUUGAAAAACCAAAGAUAUGUAAAUGUAUUAGCGACUAAGUAUUUUUGUAUGUAUGUAUUUGUCCAGUUUCGAUAGUAAGAUGUUAUUUUUAAAUUUGUUGGUUGUGGUCAGCCAUGAGAAAUAUGUGAAAUUUUGUAUACAUUGAGUUUGAAAAUAUAUAUUGAUCCAAAUAGA